GGAGGAAAGUCUGUCAGAAGUUCGCGGAGAGAGCGGGAGUCGCAGUGCAGCCGCGGCGGAGCUGCUCGGACAGCAGCAGCACGGAGCUGGAGUAAUUUACACAAUUUUAACACUCACCGAGAGAUUUCUGAGAGACUAAAGCGGCCAAAUCUUCUCUUACACGGGUUUUUGAGACUCCGUCUUGAUGUGAUUCCUCUGGAGCCGAGUUUUUCAGUCGGUUUUUGAAGGAUGUAUUGUUGUUUCUAACGCUUCUGAAGAGGAGUUGGAUCAGAUUUUACACUAAAAUGGGGGAUUACAGUAUUUGGAUAUUCCUGAGUAUUUUAUGUUUCGUACAGAAUAGCGAAGGCCUGCGCUGUGUGGACACAUUCAGACCAUGUGAAAAUGGAGGAAUGUGCCUAGACUCAAGAUGCAUGUGUCGGCCAGGGUAUAUUGGACCACUGUGUCAGCACUUGGACCCAUGCCACCGAUCCCCAUGCCUUAAUGGAGCCGCCUGCAAGAGCCAGGUGGCCAACGGUGUUCCGCAAUUCACCUGUGUGUGCCAGAGGGGCUUCAGAGGUCAAAACUGCUCUCUGAUUGAUGCCUGCGCCACCAGCCCAUGUGCCAACGGUGCCCGCUGCACAAACUGGAACAACCACUACAACUGCUCGUGCCCACCAGGCUUCCAGGGCAAGAACUGCCGCAACGACAUUGACGAGUGCCGCAAACCCGGCAAGUGUCUGAAUGGGGGAAUCUGCAUCAACACACACGGCUCCUUCCGCUGCGAGUGUGUGUCAGGUUACAGCGGGCGCACGUGCGAGGUGCCCACUCAGCCCUGCGCCCCGUCACAGUGCCUUAACGGCGGAACCUGCCACCAGACUGGAGACCACACCUACGAGUGUGCCUGCCUGCCAGGUUUUGGGGGCACUAACUGCGAGGUGAAUGUAGAUGACUGUCCUGGCCACAAAUGCAUGAACGGAGGGACCUGUGUGGACGGAGUCAACACUUACAACUGCCAGUGCCCUCCAGAGUGGACAGGUCAAUACUGUGCCGAAGACGUAAACGAGUGCCUUAUGCAGCCAAAUGCCUGCCACAAUGGUGGCACGUGCUUUAACACCAUCGGCGGGCACACGUGCGUGUGUGUAAAUGGCUGGACCGGCGACGACUGCAGCGAGAACAUCGACGACUGCGCCACGGCCGUGUGCUUUAAUGGAGCAACCUGCCAUGACCGCGUGGCCUCCUUCUACUGCGAGUGUCCUGUGGGCAAGACAGGUCUGCUGUGUCACCUGGACGAUGCCUGCGUCAGUAAUCCCUGUAACGAAGGGGCAGUGUGUGACACCAACCCACUGAACGGCCGCGCCAUCUGCACCUGUCCUGCUGGCUUCAUCGGGGGUGCCUGCAUCCAGGACAUGGACGAGUGCUCUAUUGGUGCCAACCCAUGUGAACACUUUGGGAAGUGUGUGAACACAGUGGGUUCCUUCCAGUGCCAGUGUGGCCGUGGCUACACCGGCCCUCGCUGUGAGAUCGACAUUAACGAGUGCCUGUCCAUGCCCUGCCAGAAUGAUGCUACCUGCCUGGACCGCAUUGGAGAGUUCACCUGCAUCUGCAUGCCAGGCUACACUGGAACCCACUGCGAGAUAGAUAUAGACGAGUGUGAAAGCAACCCCUGCGUGAAUGAUGGUAUCUGCAGAGACCUGGUCAACGCCUUCACCUGCACCUGCCAGACAGGCUUCACCGGCACCAUGUGUCAGAUCGACAUUGAUGAGUGCGCCAGCACACCCUGCCAGAACGGAGCCAAGUGCAUCGACCGACCCAACGGCUACGAGUGCCGCUGUGCUGAAGGUUUCGAGGGAAGACUCUGCGAGAGCAACAUUGACAACUGCCAGCCGGACCCCUGCCACCACGGCACCUGCGUGGACGGCAUCGCCAGCUACACCUGUAACUGCGUGCCCGGCUACACAGGCUACCGCUGCGAGAACCAGCUCAACGAGUGCCACAGCAACCCCUGCCAAAACGGGGGCAAGUGUGUGGACCUGGUCAACAAAUAUAUCUGCCAGUGCCAGCACGGCACAUCAGGCACCAACUGUGAAAUCAACUAUGAUGACUGUGCCAGCAAUCCCUGUGAAUAUGGCAUGUGCAAGGAUGGCAUCAACCGUUACGACUGUGUGUGCAAACCCGGCUUCACUGGACCCCAGUGUAACGUGGAGCUGGACGAGUGCUCGUCGAACCCCUGCCGGAAUGGAGGAACCUGCGUGGAUGACGAAAAUGGCUUCCACUGCCUCUGUCCUGCUGGAUUCCACGAGCCGUACUGCUUCUCCCACGUGGACGAGUGCAGCAGCAGCCCCUGUGUGCAUGGAGCGUGCAGAGAGGACCCCGAUGGGUACCGCUGUGAGUGUGAGCCAGGCUGGGUGGGGAAGAACUGUGACCUAGACCGCAAUGACUGCCUGCCCAACCCCUGCCAGAAUGCAGGCACCUGCAUCGACCAGCUCAACGGCUUCACCUGCAAGUGCCGACAGGGCUUCAGAGGUAAUCAGUGCCAGGUGAACAUCAACGAGUGCGCUUCCAGCCCCUGCCUGAAUCAGGGAACGUGUGUGGACGGUGUGGCCAGUUUCACAUGCCUGUGUGAGGCUCCUUACAGCGGACCCACCUGUGCUGAGGUGCUCACACCCUGCUCACCUAAUCCCUGCUCUAACCACGCUGUCUGCACACACACGCCUGACUACUUCGGCUACCAGUGCAACUGCCAGCCAGGAUGGCAAGGUCAUCUGUGUAACAUUGAUGUAAAUGAAUGCGCCUCGAACCCCUGUAAGAACCGCGGCACCUGCACCAACACGCUGGGAGGCUACGUAUGCUCGUGCCGUGGAGGAUACUCUGGACCCAACUGUGAAACCGACAUCAACGACUGCCUCCCAAACCCCUGCAUGAGCGGAGGCUCCUGCACAGAUGGAAUCAACACCUUCUACUGUACCUGCCUGCCCGGCUUCACAGGCCCACGGUGUGCCAUAGAAGUAGACGAGUGCCAGAGCGCCCCCUGCAAGAACGGAGGCACCUGCACCGACUACGUCAACAGCUACACCUGCACCUGCAAGCCAGGCUUCACCGGCCUCCACUGCGAGACCAACGCAAUGGACUGCACUGAGAGCUCGUGCUUUAACGGUGGAACCUGUGUGGAUAAGAUCAAUGGCUUUUCCUGCACAUGCCGCGUGGGCUUCACAGGAGAACACUGUCAGUAUGAGGUGAACGAGUGCGACUCACAGCCCUGCCUUAACGGAGGAGUGUGCCAAGAUGGCCUGGAGUCCUUCCGCUGCUCCUGUCCGAAGGGCUACACCGGCAGCCGCUGCCAGGUGCGAGUGGACUGGUGCAGGCAUUCAAACCCCUGCCAAAACGGUGGCCGCUGCAGGCCUAAAGACGGCUCCUGUGACUGUGUAGGUGGAUGGUCUGGACGUUACUGUGACAUCCCUGGGGUCUCCUGUGAGAUGGCUGCCAUGCAGAGAGGUCUUCAGACAGAUGAGCUUUGUCAUCGCGGCGGACACUGUGUGAACACUGGGAACACACACUACUGCAAGUGCCCUAACGAUUACACUGGCAGCUACUGCGAGAGUCAGGUGGAUCACUGCGAGGACAAACCGUGUCUCAAUGGCGCCACCUGCAGGGGCUAUGUGGGAGGUUACACAUGUGAUUGUAUGCCCGGGUACGAGGGACAGAACUGCGAGAGGGAGAUCAACGAGUGCCGCUCCCACCCCUGUCAGAAUGGAGGUACCUGCAUUGAUCUGGUGGGCCACUACAUCUGCUCCUGCCCUCCUGGCACAAUGGGGGUUCUCUGUGAGAUAAAUGAGGACGACUGUGCCACUCCCACAAGGCCUCGUGGCACGCCCAAGUGUCAAAACAACGGAACCUGCGUGGACCGCGUGGGAGGCUAUCGGUGCAACUGCCCACCAGGCUACACAGGCGAUCGCUGUGAGGGAGAUAUAAACGAGUGCCACUCCAAUCCCUGCAACGCAGCCAACAGCCUGGACUGCAUCCAGCUGCCCAAUGACUACCUGUGUGUGUGCAAGCCAGGCUUUACAGGUCGAGGUUGCCAGAACAGGUUUGGUGUAUGUGAGUCUCAACCCUGUAAGAAUGGUGGGGCGUGCUCUGGAGCCGGCAGCUCACCGCUGGGAUACAUCUGCACCUGUCAGCUGGGCUACACAGGGACUAACUGUGAGCGCAGCAUGUCCUGCAGAGAGCUGUCCUGCUAUAAUGGCGGCAGCUGCACUGUGACUUCUCGCGGCGCGCGCUGCUCCUGCCAGCAAGGCUUUGCUGGGCCGCAGUGUCAGCACCGCAGCAACCAGAGCUGCUCGUCCAAGCCCUGCCGCAAUAACGGCAUCUGCAUCGAGGAGGCCAACUUCCCCUUCUUCAGCUGCCAGUGCAUGGAGGGCUGGAAGGGGAAGCGCUGCGAGCAGGAGUCCCGCAUGCUGGAGCGACCGGCGCCCACAUGCCUCAUUGCAGAUUGCCACGGGAAGGCUAACGAUGGGGUUUGUGAUAAGGAAUGUAACAGCAUGGCCUGCCGCUGGGAUGGGGGCGACUGCUCUCUGGCUGCGAACCCCUGGGCGCGCUGCGCUGACCCACGCUGCUGGCGCGUCUUCAACAACAGCCAGUGCGACGAGUCUUGCAAUAAUGCAGAUUGCCUGUACGACAACUUUGACUGCAAGACCAAGGAGAAAGUCUGCAAUCCCAUCUAUGAAACUUACUGCAUGGACCACUAUGCCGACGGCCGCUGUGAUCAGGGCUGUAAUAAUGAGGAGUGUGGCUGGGAUGGUCUGGACUGUGCAAGGACGGUUCCCGAGGACCUGGCAGAUGGUGUGCUGGUGAUCGUGGUGCUGCUGCCACCGGAGGAGCUUUUACGGACAGGCACGGCCUUCCUGCAGAAACUCAGCAGCAUCCUGCGCACUUCACUGCGCUUCCGUCUCGACCAAAACGGAGACGCCAUGAUUCGGCCCUACACUCGCAGAGAUGGCCGCCCCAAACGAGAGCUCAUGCCCCAGCAGGAGGUCAUCGGGUCCAUCGUGUACUUGGAGAUUGAUAACCGCCUCUGCUCCCAAGAUUCCAAUGAUUGUUUCCCAACAGCAGACAGUGCUGCUGAAUACCUGGGAGCUCUGUCAGCUCGGGAGAUGCUACGCUUCCCCUAUCCACUCAAAGAAGUCCGCGGUGAGAAAAUUAAGGACCAGGUUGUGCCCUUAUGGGUUAAGCUGCUGCUGGUGAGCGUGGCGGCACUUUUCCUGAUGAUCAUUCUAGUGGUGGGCAUGCUGAUCGCCCGCCGCAAGCGGGAACACAGCACGCUGUGGUUCCCCGAGGGAUUCUUCCUCAAGAAAGACACCAGCAGCAACAAGAACCGCAGAGAGCCAGUGGGUCAGGACGCUCUGGGCAUGAAGCACAUGCCAAAGACAGUGGAAGAGUCCUUACUUGCAGACCACAGUGACCAGUGGAUAGACACAGACUGUCCUGAAGCCAAGAGACUAAAGGUGGAGGAACCAAGUAUUCUGUCAGACAGCGAGGACGCUGUGGACAGCAGGCAGUGGACUCAGCAUCAUCUUGCGGCUGCAGAUAUACGCAUGCCUCCCUCCAUGGCCCUCACGCCUCCACAGGGCGAAUUUGAUGGUGACUGCAUGGAUGUUAAUGUGCGAGGACCAGACGGCUUUACUCCACUGAUGCUGGCCUCGUUCUGUGGCGGAGGGCUGGAGCCAGAGGUGGCAGAGGAGGAGGAGGAGGAGUCUUCAGCCAACAUCAUAUCAGACCUUAUCUACCAGGGGGCAUCUCUGGGUGCACAGACUGACCGGACUGGAGAAACCGCUCUGCACCUGGCUGCUCGUUACGCUCGUGCUGAUGCCGCUAAGAGGCUGCUGGAUGCUGGGGCAGAUGCCAAUGCACAGGACAACACUGGCCGUACGCCUCUGCACGCAGCCGUGGCCUCUGAUGCUCAGGGAGUCUUCCAGAUUUUGAUCAGGACACGGGCAACCGAUCUGGAUGCACGCAUGUAUGACGGUUCCACAGCUCUGAUACUGGCGGCCAGACUGGCUGUGGAGGGCAUGGUGGAAGAGCUGAUCACCUGCCAUGCUGACGUCAAUGCUGUGGAUGAGCUUGGUAAAUCUGCACUGCACUGGGCAGCAGCUGUGAAUAACGUUGAAGCCACUGUUGCCUUGCUUAAGAACGGCGCCAAUAAAGAUAUGCAAGACCUUAAGGAGGAGACCCCACUUUUCUUGGCCGCAAGAGAGGGCAGCUGCGAAGCUGUGAAGAUUCUGCUGGCGCACUUUGCGAACCGGGAGAUCACGGACCACAUGGACAGACUCCCGCGUGACAUCGCCCAAGAUCGCAUGCAUCACGACAUUGUGCAGCUUUUGGACGAGUACAACACGGUGCGCAGCCCGCAGGGACACUCUGGAGGUCCUGGACACCAUCUGGCAGGUCACACACUUUCACCGCUCAUGUGCCCACCCAGCAGCUUCCUGCCCAGCCUGAAGAAUGCCCCACAGGGCAAGAAGAGUCGUCGCCCAGGUGCCAAAGGCCUUGGAGGUGGGCACGCGUCUGGGUUGAAGGAUUCAGUGAAGGCACGGAACAAGAAGCUGACGCUGGACAUGCAGAGCGCUCUGUUGGAAAGCUCGGUCACUCUUUCGCCUGUGGACUCCCUGGACUCGCCACGUGGGGGCGCUAGCAAUGCUGGAUACGUUACUAACCCUACAUCUCCAGCUGCCAUGCCCUCUCCGGGUAUUUUCCACACCUCCAUGUCCGUGCCCAGCACUCCCAUGGUGCACACCAGCAUGCUGGAUGGAAGCAGCGGCCCGUUUGCAGUGUCUAUGGCGGGUUUGAAUGACCUGGCAGAUGGUCUUUCUCUACAGAGUCGCAUGUCCAUGCAGGCGGCCCAGGCUAGCCAUGGCUAUGUCUUGACCCCGGGACAGAUGGGAUUAAGUGUGGGCAUGGUCAACCCGGUCAGCGUGCCAUUCGACUGGCACAGCCGCAUUCCCCCCUCUCCCCAAUGCGGCCAACCAAUGGUGAGCAUGGUGCACCCCGCUCAGGGGGCCAUGCACCCGCAGACGCCCAGCUCCAUGCAGCCUACUAUGCUCAUGCACCCGCAGCAAGUGUUCCGCAGUGCUCAGCAACCCAUGCUGCAGCCCACGCCAGUGUUGGCCGGUGCCCCCUCGCUCAGUCCCGUCAAGCUAGCCUCCAUUGCUGAGCAGCAGCAGCAACAGAUCCACAGCCACACCCUCAGCAACCAACAAGCCCUGACCAAUAUGGGUUCCUCAACACCUCCGACUCCACAGCCACAGAAUCCUCCAGCCUUCUACCAGCAGCAGCAGCAGCAGCAGAGUCAAGGUCAACCCCAGCAGCAGCAGCAGCAAGCCCAGGCCCCCUCAGCUACACAGCCUUCGCAAAGCCAGGUCGCCUCGUCUCAGGCCUCCCAGGCACCACCAGCCCAGGCCAGCAGCAGCAGCACCAGCAGCACCGGCUUAGAGGACUAUCCCACCCCGCCGUCGCAGCACAGCUACAACUCCACCAUGGAUACCACGCCCAAGCAUUACCUGCACCUGCCCAGCGAGCACCCCUACCUGACGCCCUCCCCCGAAUCUCCCGAGCCCUGGUCCAGCCCCUCGCCCCACUGCGUAUCCGACUGGUCUGACUCCACCCCCAGCCCGGCUGUCACCGGCCCCACCCAGACCCAGAUCCCCCACGUCUCAGAGCCCAAUGGCAAGAUGCAGGUGUUCGCGUGAAUCGAGCCGAACUUUUGGGACCCGGCAAGAGUAGAGAAGAACGUCUCACUCUAGGGCUCACGUUAAUUUUUCUCGUCUGUUUUUUAUUAAUUACGCGUCAGCCCGUUUCCAAGAUUUUAAUUGGAUUAAGGAUUGACUCGGUGCCAAGAAGACCCGUCUACCGGCUCUUGUCCGCAGGAGAAAAGAGUAAAAGGGAAAAAAAGUUGUGUUGUCUUAAAAAGAAAAGACAAUUUAAUGAAGUAAGACGUUCUGUCACAGAUGGACUUGUUUUUUAUUAUUAAAAAGUAUAUGAAGAAGAAGAUGAACCACGUCUUUCAUUUCAAAGACUUGGGGACGUUCAACCUGAAACUAACAAACUUUUUAAAAUGUAGAGUUACGAGAGAAAAAAAAGUGAAAUUUUUGAAGGAAAUUCCUUUUCUUUUUAUUUAUUGUUCUCGACAUGUUCCUCUAAAAAAAACACUGCCUUGUGGGGGCGUCCUCUCUCCCUCUGUCUGUCUCCAAGUUCUCACAGUCAAGAUGUGUUUGCUCUUGUUGCUCUUGUUUAUGCUGCUCCAAGCCUGUUACACAACUGUACCAGCAUUACAGCAAUAGAAGACAGCUCGUUUUUCUUUUGUUUAGUGUUUUUCUUCGUUUUGUUCGUUUUCAUUACCAAUUACAACCGGAAUUCUGAGUUACAGACAGAAAGAGCUGGGCGUCGCACCUGUUUCGAGUGAUAUUAUUUAUUUAGGCCAGCGUUGAUCCAUGAAAUCGGCUUUCAAAAACACCUAGGCGCGUGUAAAUUGGCCAGCGUUAGUGAUAUAUUUGAAUUUGAUGAACUAAAGUGAAUGGAUGAAUCUAUACAUUCCGUAGGAGUAAUGUGUAAUAUUUUCGAGGGGCAUCUUUGAAGCACUUCUAAGGCCAAGCAGGGGUUUAAAAAGUGACAGCUGCCAUUCCAGAACAGCAUUUAUGCAGACUGAUUUACUGAUAUACAUUAUCGAUAAUAGGAAAUAUGCUACUGUUCUACUACCAUUGACGUCGACUGAAGGGAUCGGAUUAGAUUCUGAAGGCUAGAUUCCUACUGGCUACUUUUUUUGGCGUUAACCCGCUACCAGCGUUUUUUAGAUCAUUCGGAGGUCAUUUGAUUUGGCAACACUUAAAACUGUCACCCGCUGCCCUUUCAUCUUUUUUCUUUUCUUUUUUUUUUGCGUUGAAAGAUUUGUAUGAUGAUUUUUUUUAUUGUUUUUACUCUGUAUGUUAUAACCAUGGUUACCUUUGGAACAUCGCUCUGAUGUGCUAAGCUGUGUUUUUAUAGGCUGCUGCUUUCUGUCGCGCUACUGUGACGCCUCUGUGUCCCCUGGUGAAAGGUCCCGCCCACUCCCCUCCCUUUACUUUAACCGAUGGUUUCUGGUCUGUUUCAGAGCCGUUGAUUUGAACACUGCCACAGCCUGAGCUGAAGCCUGACCAGAAGAAUGUUUUCGGUUGCAUUAUGACCCCUGGUCCUGUUGAGCUCGGGGCGUAAAACAGCACAAAUCUUCAAAAAAUAGAAUGCUAAGAACUACUAGUUAGCAUUUUGCUCGAGUAGCUUGCUUAAUGCUAACUGGUUACGUCUUACUUUCGUUACUAAUUGACUGAACCCCAAUUCCCCAAAAUCGGUCCUGUUGAUACAUUUCUGUAUUUCUGGUCUAGUCACCAACUUCUGAGACCAACUCCUGGUGUGUUAGCAUGCUAGCUAGCUAGCUAGAUGUGAACUGUGCCUGUGCAUGUGUUUAUGUGUGUGUGUUUGUGCUUGUGUGGAAAGGGGUGGUCUGGAGAGGUGGCUAGCGGGCUGCUAGCGCUCUGUUACUCCUCAGGGAGGUGUUAUAUAGCAUGCAGUGUUCUCUGCAUCUCUAGCAGUCCCCACCCGGCCAGUCUGGAGGGAUGGCGUCUGCACGCUGUGGCCCAAUCGGAGCAAACGCUGCUAUGUAGCGCCGGCUCCCCCUGUUGUCCGCCACAGGUACAGAUGCUUAUCCCUCUGGGAACGAUCCCUUCCCGAGCGCAGAGUAAAACCCCUGGUGUUCAGUGGAAAAGCUCAGGUUAGAUGUUCCUCCAAGCUGUCUGACCCAAUACCAAACCCAACCCAACUGAGGACACCAGCAAACUGUAGCACAGGAUUUUACCAGUACACUCAGAUUCACUGCUCCGGCUGGACUCGAGCGCACCAGGCACACCCACCCGUCGUAUAUUUGGUAUAUUUGAUAUAUUUGAUUAAUUUCCUCCUUUUUUUUAUCAUUACCCUUCAGUAAUUCAGUCAUUACCCCCUCCCCCCCUCCAGUGCUCUGGACAUUUCGUAAAUCCAGCAUUUUCAUGUAAAUAUAAUUGUCUCGUUUAGGUCUAUUUUGUGUAAGAGAAGUCUUAUGUUUUAAAAAAAAAUGAUUAUGUACUAAAAAGACAAAAAGUGUACUUUCUAUUAGCAUUAUUUUUGAAACCGAUGAUGUGACUGAUAUAUAUUUCGUCUCGCAUUACUAGAACAGCCAUAGAUAUUUUCUGGCUUUUUUUUUUAUUUUUUAUUUUUAUUAAUUCCUGUACUUGUUUAAAGUAGUUUAAAUCAUUGUAUAUAAACACCUUUUCACAUUGUUUCUUUCUACAGACAAAAGUUGUAAAAUAAGUUACUUCUAAUAAAACAGUAGGGAACUACA